AUGAGUCUAAAUUGCCUGCCACGCCAAAGAUCAGACUUGAACAAAGAACAUAGUAAUAUAUUCAAUUUGGAGAAAUCAAAUUUCAGCCUGUGUUUGGGGAGGGUAGAGAGAACCUGGUCAGGAGAUUUGGAACCCAGCUCCAGUUAUGACAAAAUAAGAAGUGGGUCCAAUCUCGGGCCUGCGAACAAUGCCAAGAAUGGUGGGGGACCCACGCCUUUUGAAACAGGGGUCGCCACGCCGAGGCUGGUGAGGAGCAGUGGGAUGAGAAGAGAUUGGAGCUUCGAGGAUGCAACAUGCUGCAGAGAGCGAGUUGUAUUGGUGGCAGUUUACGUAGAGAGGCCGAGGAGGAGGUUGCCCUCGAGUAAUUACCACCACCAGCGGCACUUCCACCAGGCUAAUCUUGCUGCUGGUGGUAGAAGGUAUAAUAGGAGAGCGGAGCUUCUCGACUAUGCUAGAGACCUGCGAACAUCUGCAAGAUCAGGGGCGUCCUCACCAGUACAUUCGAGUUCGAACAUCAUACAACCUCGUGCAGUUCAGAUUACUCCCACUCGAAGAAAGACAAGAAAAACAUUUGCUCCAACUUGUUUGGGAAAAUGGAAGUUGUUAUUACCGAGCUUUCUCACAUCGAUGACAGCCUCAAAAACAUUGAAAAUGAAGAAGAAAAACAAGGAUAAAAACAGUGUAUCCAUAAUUACUAAGAUAACAACCGUGGUGAAACGCCUCCAGAUGAAGAAAAAGAAGAGUUUCUUCUCAAAAUUGUUUGCAACAAUGCGGGAUCAUCACUAG